CGUUUUCCUUCGUCCCUCUUCUUCCAUUAAUGAAGCUCCUUACGAUCCAUUGGUGAUUGGAUUGCAAUUUCUAGAGAAUUCUUAGCUCCAUCGGCAGAUUUGGUAUUCCGAUCGGAUGAAGAUUCAGUGCGAUGUAUGCGACGAGGAAGAGGCGUCGGUGUUCUGCGUCGCCGACGAAGCUGCGCUCUGCGCCGCCUGUGACUGCCGCGUCCACCAUGCGAACAAGCUCGCCGGAAAACAUCACCGCUACUCUCUCCGUCCUCCAUCGCCAAAUCGAUUUCCAAUCUGCGAUAUCUGUCAGGAGAGAAGAAGCUUCGUGUUCUGCCAACAGGACAGGGCGAUUAUGUGCAAGGAUUGCGAUUCUUCAAUACACGGAGCGAAUGAACACACGAAGAAGCACUCCAGAUUUCUCCUCACCGGCGUUGAGAUUCGUUCGAGUUCAUCGUCACUUCCGUCUUCUACCUCUAGCUUGAAUAGCAACAAUAACUCCUCUGAAGAUGCUGUUCCGAAGAACAAGCCAGGAGGUACAGGUACAAUUCCCGCAGCAUCCGGUACACCUUCCACUGCGAAUGGUACAACAACGACAGCUGAAAGCACAUUAAUCUCCUCCUCAGAAAGCAGCUUCUCAGAAUACCUAAUGGAGACGCUACCAGGAUGGCACGUUAAAGAAUUUCUUCAUUCUCCUUCACCUUCUCCUUCCCCAGCCUCUCUCCAUGGCUUCUCCUUUAAGAAUGGAGAUGAGAGUGAUUUGGUUCCAACUGGACUGGGGGUUUGGGUUCCUCAAUCUGGGGAGACGAUGAUGAUGUCGUUUGGGGCAGUUACAGAUGGAUUCAUGGCGAGGGAAUUUCCCCAAUCGAAAGAGCUUUUCACAAUCACUGACUGCAGCAACAGAAACAGCACCAAAUUGAGAAGGAAGCACCAUGAUCAAGGCAAGUCUCUUGCAGUUGCAAUUCCUCAGAUAAGUUCUUCGAAUCUCGUUUCUGAAAGAUUCUGAUUUCAUCUCUCCACCCAUUAGUCACCUGGUUUAAUUUAUCCAUCUUUCUAGGUUUAAUUUCAAUUUGGAUUCCGAUUUGCUGUUGUUGGAACAUUCAUUUCCAUUGAUUUGAUCAAGAAAAAAUUUAGGGUUUGUUUGAUUGUA